AUAACAAAUUAUAACAGUUAAUAAAAUGUUGAAAUUCUGCUAAAUAUUUUGGACAUCAACGUACGUAGAUGGCGAUUUCAAGCCUUAAUUAAAGGUAAUAAAACAACAUAUUUAAGUGACUCAAGAGAUAACAUGGGUAGCAAAGAAAAAAAAGGGCGAAAAAAUUCAACAAGCAGUGGAGCUGCUACUGCAAAGAAAUAUGAAGCAUUACAAAAUUCCAUAUUUCAAUUUGUGGAACGUAAUAAUCUUUACGUGAUAUUAACAGAUAUGAUGAACAAAGCUUUCCUUAAUAACGAACCAGACGCUAUUUUGUUUAUGAUAAAAUAUCUUCUUGAAAUAAAGGAAUCAACUUUAGAAGAACAUUACGUAAAAGAAUGUGCUGACUGGAAAAUGAAAUAUUACGCAGUCACUAAUCAGUUUGCAGAGGUAUCGAUUGAAAAUGAACAAUUACGAAACCAAAUCGAUGCAAUAAACCGACAAAAGUCAAAAAUAUAUGAAAAACCAAAUGAUAAGUUUAUCGAGAAAGUUUUUGCACCAAUGAUUUCGAUUCCAUCUGAUGUUUACGAUACUGUUUUAGCUGGUAAAUCUAUCACAGAUCCAUUACCAUUAGUUAGCAUUGAAGUAAAAUCUGAAUCAGAGAAUGAAACUGAUUAUGUUGAAAAGGUUUUAAUGGGAGAAUUAGAAAAAGAUGAAGAUUUAUGUGCUCAAAAGAACUUGGACUUAUCAGAAGAUUCGGAGAUGGAUCUUGAGCCAGAAAUCGAUACUUCCAAUAAUAUUACAAUUGCCCAACAAAAGGAAUUAACAACAUUUAUCCAACUUUCAAACGACAACUCGAAACUUCAAACUGAUGAAAAAAAAACAGCAGAACCUGCAAUUGGUGAGGUUUUACAACAAGAAACUGUUAUUGAUGAAGUUCUACGACAAGAAACUGUUAUUGGUGAAGUUUUACAACAAGAAAUAUGUGACAGAUCAGAAGAGAAUUCGAUUAAAGUUUCCGAUACUAAAGAGGUUCAAUCAAUAUCAGAUGACAAAGAAAGUAAAAUUACUCAACCUGAUUCUUUAAGCAAAUUAGUAAGCAGUAUCAUUGAAGAUGACUCGGAUUUAAGUGAUGCCUCGAUGGUAAUUGAUGAAGACAUAAAAUCAAACUCUGAAGUCGAAGAAGAAUCUCAUCGACUCAAAACUAUUGAAUCUUCAUCAAAGAUCUCGCCAGAAAAACCAGAAGAAAACUUAAAUCCUCAAGAAAUUGAGAAAAGUUUGGAGUUUUUCGUCGAGACUGAUAAUAACAAAACAACUGACUAUGAUAUGAUCGAAAAACAAUUGGAAGCUAUGCAAGAAGGGUCUUUAGAAGCUACCAAAGCUUCAAACAAUAAUUCAUUGCCCUUGCUUUCGGAUGAUUCAAUUUUGAACAGUUCUGACACUCCCAUGAUUUCAAAAACAGAAAAUUUACCUAAAUCCACAAAGGAAGAUGAAGAUUUUGAACCAAAUUAUGAACUAGACAGUGAUUAAUGCUUUCACUAUUUUUUUCCUAAUAGUUAUGUUCUAAGUAAAGAAAUUAAAAUAAAUACCUACUUAUGUAAGUUUAUUAAAAAAUA